CUUCUCACGGUAUCGAUGUUUAUUGACUACUCUACAUGACCAGAAUGUGUCUCUUUCAAAAUAAGACACGCGCUUAUAUAGAGAAGAGGAAAGAGAGAUAUGACCCGGAGAUAGUAUGAUACAGAGGUGAGAGAAAAAGAACAGAAAGAGAUGAACGAUAUCAUUAUCGUUACAGAUCUCUGUUCCUAUUUCAAAUCAACUUGAUCAAGUUUCUUUUGUUUAUUCUUUUGAUGUGACAGUACAAACCUAUGCAAACAUACAAUUUUCCAUUUGGUUGAAUAGUCCAUAUCUUGUUGGAAAUCAGACAAUCGUAUUUGCUAUUUCUGGUGCCAAUACUUCGGGAAUCAUUGAACUUGCGACAAUACCUAUCGAACCUUGUCCAACGCAGAGUGCAACUGAAGGUUGUGCUUCUUAUAUCAAUUCUUCUCAAGUCAACGGAACACUGGGUACUUCAUCUACUAUUCGUUCCAGUAUUGAUGAUUUUCGUGAUCCGUGUUUAUCAUCUGUAUCCUACAGCACUGCUAUUUCAGUCAAAAAGAUUGCUUAG